UUCAAGUUGGCAGCCAAGCGGUGCACAACUCAACGAAUCGCCAACUAAGAGCUAAGAAGAUGAAACUUUUGGUCAUCUUUGCACUUUGCUUAGGCGCCGCUCUGUCGAGCAAGAUUGGACAGCAGCAGCCGCCAGGUCUACAAAAACACUUGGUCUGCUACUAUGACUCGGCGAGUUUUAUCAAGGAAGGCCUUGGCAAGGUGGUGAUUGAUGAACUAGAGCCGGCACUGCAAUUCUGUGACUACUUAGUGUACGGGUACGCGGGCAUCGAACGCGACUCUCACAAGGCAGUGAGUCUGAAUCAGCAGCUGGACUUGGAUUUGGGCAAGGGCCUCUAUCGGACUGUGACACGUCUAAAGCGCAAGUAUCCUAAAUUGCGCGUCCUGCUCAGUGUCGGUGGUGACAAGGAUAUCGAGACUGGCGAUGAUGCUAAAGAUUUGCCCAACAAGUAUCUCGAAUUGCUGGAGAAUCCAGUCGGGCGCACACGUUUUGUAAACACUGUGUACUCAUUGGUCAAGACCUAUGGCUUCGAUGGCCUCGAUGUGGCGUGGCAGUUCCCAAAGAACAAGCCGAAGAAGGUGCACAGUGGCCUGGGUAGCUUUUGGAAGGGUUUCAAGAAGGUUUUCACUGGUGACUCCAUUGUGGAUGAGCGCUCCGAGGAGCACAAGGAACAGUUCACGGCAUUGCUGCGAGAUGUAAAGAAUGCUUUCCGUCCGGAUAACUUGCUGCUAUCAACCACUGUUCUCCCCAAUGUCAACUCAUCGCUUUUCUACGAUGUGCCCGCUGUGAUAAAUUAUUUGGAUUUUGUGAAUCUGGCGGCCUUCGACUUCUACACACCUGAGCGCAAUCCCGAAUUGGCUGAUUACUCGGCUCCAAUUUACGAACUGAGCGAGCGCAAUCCCGAGUUCAAUGUUGAUUAUCAGGUUAGGUAUUGGCUACGAAACAGUUGCCCGGCCAGCAAGAUCAAUGUGGGCGUGACUACUUAUGGACGCCCUUGGAAACUGACUGAGGAUUCGGGUAAUACGGGUGUGCCGCCCAUCUCAAAGGUAGUUGAUGAGGCACCGGUUGGUGGCAACACUCAACUGCAUGGCCUUUACAGUUGGCCCGAGGUUUGUGCCCUAUUGCCCAACCAGAACAAUGCCUACUCUAAGGGGGCCAAUGCCCCGCUUACUAAGGUGGCAGAUCCCGCCAAGCGUUUCGGCUCCUACGCAUAUCGUGCUGCCGACAAGAAGGGUGAGAAUGGCAUCUGGGUGAGCUACGAGGAUCCGGACACAGCCGCCGACAAGGCUGGUUACGUGCGCACUAACAACUUGGGUGGUGUGGCUCUAUUCGAUUUAUCGUAUGACGACUUUAGGGGACUCUGCACCAACGAUAAGUAUCCUAUUCUGCGUGCUGUCAAAUAUCGCCUAGUUAACUAGAUUGGAAAGCAAAACUUAAGAGCAAACAAGUGUUUUCAAUGCAUGCGAAAAUAAUAAAUAAGUGACUUCAUUUAUUAAACUAAAUACAUGCUUUUUACGAA